CUUACUGUUUUUUUUUCGGGGGUUGAUACUUCCAUUUCCAUUUCAUGCUCCCAUUCGUCGUAUCACGUUAUAAGCGGUUCCUCGGCUCCAAAUUCGAUACUUUUCGAGCCGUUGGAGACCGGAAAAACCUCCGCCCGGCUCACUUUCUUGAGAAUUUACCUCGCAGGGGAUUCCAUUGGUCGACGUUAAAAGUCUGUGCUUUGAAGGGCAGGGCUACUCUGUUGACAAUUGGUAACUGGCACCAUGUUGGGUAAUGGAAUUGUUGGUAUUCUUUCUGAGUCUUCAAAUAUAUGGGAGAGGAGAGCUCCAUUGACUCCUGCACACUGCGCCCGUCUUUUGCACAGCGGAAAGGGUAAAAAUGGCGUUCAAAGGAUAAUUGUGCAGCCAAGUACAAGGCGUAUAUAUCACGAUUUUCAAUAUGAGGAUGUUGGGUGUGAAGUAUCAGAUGACUUAUCCGAGUGUGGUCUCAUUCUUGGUGUCAAACAGCCGAAGUUAGAGAUGAUUCUUCCAGAUAGAGCAUAUGCAUUUUUUUCCCACACCCAUAAGGCUCAAAAGGAAAACAUGCCUAUGUUAGAUAAGAUUUUUUCUCAAAGAGCUACUUUGUAUGACUAUGAGUUGAUAGUUGGGGAUAAUGGUAAACGACUCCUUGCCUUUGGAAAGUUUGCUGGUAGAGCUGGAUUAAUUGAUUUCUUACAUGGGCUUGGAAAACGAUAUCUAAAUCUUGGAUAUUCGACACCUUUUUUAUCUUUGGGAGCUUCUCAUAUGUAUCCAUCUCUUGCUGCUGCAAAGGCUGCAGUGAUUGCUGUAGGAGAAGAAAUAGCUACACAAGGAUUACCACUUGGGGUUUCUCCUAUAGUCUUUGUGUUUGUUGGGAAUGGAAAUGUAUCUCAAGGUGCACAAGAAAUAUUUAAGCUCCUACCACAUACCUUUGUCGAUGCAAGCAAGCUUCCUGAAAUUGUUGGACAGGUUGAGGAUCUAGCUCAUCAUUCUCCAUUAAGAAAAAGAGUUUUUAAAGUAUACGGCUGUGUCGUAACUUCUCAGGAUUUUGUUGAACCCAAAGAUCCGACUGGAACUUUUGAUAAGGUUGAUUAUUACGCACAUCCAGAUCAUUACAAUCCAGUCUUCCAUGAAAGAAUCGCUCCAUAUGCAUCUGUCAUAGUCAAUUGCAUGUAUUGGGAAAAUAGAUUCCUUCGUUUGCUUACUACAAAGCAAAUGCAAGAGCUAGCAAAGAAUGGAUGUCCUCUCGUUGGAGUUUCAGAUAUAACUUGCGACAUUGGGGGUUCCAUAGAGUUUGUCAACCAGUUGACGACAAUUGAGAAGCCUUUCUUCAGGUAUAAUCCUUUUGCUGAUUCAUACCAUGAUGACAUGGAUGGUGAUGGUUUAAUAUGUCUAGCUGUCGACAUUCUACCAACUGAGUUCUCAAGGGAGUCGUCCCAGCACUUUGGAGAUAUACUAUCACAAUUCGUAAGAAACUUGGCUUGGGCCAAAAACAUGACAGAGCUUCCAUUGCACUUGCAAAGAGCUUGCAUAGCUCAUGGAGGAUCACUUACCCCCUUGUAUGAAUAUAUUCCUAGAAUGAGAAACUCUUCUACAAUUGAUUUAAUAGCGGAAGCUGAUGAUGGUUCUUCUAGCAAGAGGAAGUACAGUACACUGGUAUCUCUAAGUGGCCAUUUAUUUGAUCAAAUGUUAAUUAAUGAAGCUUUGGAUAUUGUUGAAGCUGCUGGUGGAUCGUUUCGCCUGGUUAAAUGUGAAGUUGGACAAAGCAUAAAUCUCAUGUCCUACUCAGAACUUGAAAUCAGUGCUGAUGACAUAACCAUCCUAGAUCAAAUAUGUGCUGCUCUGACAUUGCUUGCAAAUCCAAGUCAUAAAGAUGAUGGAGCUUUCAAUAAAGAUAAAGAACUAUCUUUAAAAGUUAGCAAAGUUAGUGAAAGUAUAGUGAAUGAGAGAAAUGGUUCUAUUAAAAGGCCAGCCGUCCUGAUAUUGGGUGCUGGUCGUGUUUGCCAACCAGCUGCUGAACUUUUGGCAUCAGCUGGGGAUCUAUAUUCCAAUUCCCUUAAAAUAUUUGAGGGUGUUGAUGCUCAAGAAUGUGAGGAAUUCGAAGUUAUUGUAGCAUCUCUUUACCAAAAGGAUGCAGAAGAGACAAUUGAAGGCAUAAUGAAUGCAAGAGCUGUCCAGCUUGAUGUAAUGAACGAGGAAAGCCUUUCUUUGUGUAUAUCCCAGGUUGAGGUCGUGCUUAGCCUAUUGCCUGCCAGUUUCCAUGGCAUCAUAGCAAAGUCCUGCAUAGAGCACAAGAAACACCUUGUCACUGCAAGUUAUGUCGAUGAUUCUAUGUCAGCAUAUCAUGAAAAGGCCAAAGAUGCAGGUGUUACAAUUCUUUGUGAAAUGGGAUUAGAUCCUGGCAUAGAUCACAUGAUGGCAAUGCGAAUGAUCAAUCAAGCUCAUGUUAGGAAGGGAAAAAUAAGGUCAUUCAGUUCCUAUUGUGGUGGAUUGCCAGCUCCAGCUGCUGCAAACAAUCCACUGGCCUACAAGUUCAGUUGGAGCCCAGCUGGUGCAAUCAGAGCAGGGAGAAAUUCAGCCACCUAUAAAAAUCUUGGGGAAGUCAUAGAUGUUGAUGGUAACGAGCUAUAUGACUCAGCAGUUAGCUUCCGCAUCCCAGAUCUACCUGCUUUUGCUUUGGAAUAUCUCCCAAAUCGUAAUUCUUUAGUGUAUGGGGAUUUGUAUGGGAUCAGUGCUGAAGCAUCAACAAUCUUUAGAGCUACUCUUCGUUAUGAAGGAUUUAGUGAAAUAAUGGCUUGUCUGGGAAAACUUGGCUUCUUUGAUAUGAAUGUUCAUCCAAAGCUGAAAGGAAUACAGAGACCAACUUUUGGUGCAUUUCUAAAUGAACUUCUUAAGAAAAAAAGUGAAUAUUGUUUGGAUUCUAUGGAGCUGCAGGUAUCAUUAGAAGAGAAUGAAAUUAUUAAGAGAGUGAUGAUGCUUGGAUGCUGCAAAGAAGCUGCCACAGCAACAAAGACAGCCAAAACUAUCAGGUUUCUGGGACUACAUGAUGAUGCAGAAAUCCCUGAAGCAUGCUCCAGCGCAUUUGACGUUAUUUGUUUGCGGAUGCAGGAGCGAUUAAGCUAUUCUAGCAAAGAGCAGGACAUGGUGCUUUUACACCAUGAGAUCCAAGUAGAGUAUCCAGAUGGCAGGCCAACGGAGAACCAUAAGGCCACACUUCUGGAAUUCGGCAAGACAGAAAAUGGAAAAACUACCACAGCAAUGGCUCUUACAGUGGGUGUUCCAGCAGCCAUUGGAGUUCUGCUUUUACUUAAGAAUAAGAUUCAAACCAAGGGUGUGAUCAGGCCGACUGAACCAGAGGUUUACAUGCCUGCAUUGCAAAUGCUAGAAGCUUGUGAAAUCAAUCUUCUAGAGAAAAUUGAGACUUUAUGAGCUAGGAAGCGGCAGUUUUUCAGUAAAAGCUGGAAGGUUUACCAAACAAAUAAGAUAAGGAGAUCCUCUGCUAGAAUUCUUAGCCUGUUCUUAGUUUCUUGACAAAGGAAAUUAUAUUUUUUUUUCAUGAAUUCAGGUUAAAUGCCCAACUUUAAUUUUAACUUGUUCAGAAUUUUGUUCUUACUCCAUGAAUUGUAUAAACAAUUACAUAAACCAGUUAAAUUGCUCUGCAACAAAUUGAUCUCAAAUGUUGGUGGCCUUUCUAAACUACUUGUAAGUUUGCGAGUCGGUGACAAUAAUUAUUGAAGAUCUCUCAACAAAGGAUUAA